AAGGUCGGUAGUCCAAAAUGGCGGACAAAACAAGAUAAUACAGUUAGAAAGAAAAAACGGGCAAGAUCGUCGAUAAUUCAAUGGAUACUCAAAACAAUUCUCAAAUAGUACAGAAGUAAUGGCUGGUGCAAGACCAGAUCUUUUCAAAUGGAAGCGACAAACUAAAUCGUCGCAUCACAGCCGUGGUGGUAUUCAAAGCUGGAUCAAGAAUGUGCAAAGAGCAUCGGAUGAAGCAGCCAAAGAGGUCUUUGGCGAGGGUUAUCAUGGCAUUCUCGAUGAUAUCUGUGUUGAUGAUGAUGCCCUGUCAGAAGCUCAAGACCUCUUAGAUUCGUGGGUGAAAGAGAAAACUCUCCAAUCUAUCCAACCAGAAUUAGAAUUUUUUGAUGAGAAAUGGAAUUCUAAUGCUAGAUUCCAUGCAAGACCACAGCAAGAGAGUUUGCCCUCUAAAACCACAGGUUUUGAGGUUUAUAGUGAUGGUACUUGUAAUGAUUCACCUAAAUAUAUUUUGCCAGGUGUUGACUUUGAUGAUGACUUAGAUGAGGAAAUUGCUGUCCARGAAGUUGUGCGCAAUAUGUUGGACAAGAAAGUGGUAAAAGACAAUCUAUUAAAGGAUCUUGGAUUUGAUAGCAAAAAAACACCAAUUGAUCCUAGAAUGAAAAUGGAAUUACGACAUAAGCAGGUUAAAGAAAAGAGUGAGAGCAGGAAACGGGAUCUUGAAAAGACAAGAAGGGAAAAAGUUGCAAGAAAAGAAGCUCAACACUUAGCGAGGCAGCAGCUGUUACAAGAAGAGAAAGAAAAACAGGCAAAGGCAAAAAGGGAAGAGGUGUUAUUGCAAAAAGAAAUGGCAAGAAUACGAAAGGCAAUGGAAGAAGAAAAUAAACUUAGGAAGGAGCAAAGACAAUGGGAGCAACAACUAGAGAUUGAGGCAGAAAUGCUGGCACGUCAGGAGAUGCAGCAGCAACAACAGAUAAAGGAACAACAACAUCGUGAACAAAAGCAGGCAACUGAGGAGAUGAGAAGACUAUUGCUGCAGCAGAUGGAAGAAAGAGCUGCUGCAGACACCAAAAUGAAUUUACAGCUUCUUCAGAAAUACUUUUCGGCUUGGUAUUCAGUGCUAGUUAAUCAGAGAAUAAAGCUUGGAAAGGCUCGUGCUCUGGCUGACUGGAAAAUAAAACUACGAGCAUGGAAUGCUUGGAGAGCCUAUAUUUGGCAUAUUCAGUCUGACAAGGAGGCAGAAGCUAUUGCUGCAGAAAUGAAAGAAAAACACAGAAAAGACCAACUUGCCUACAAGCUAUACCGCAAAAAUCUUUUGCAUCGUUGUGUACAAGGCUGGCGACUGUUUGUCCAUCACAGUCAACAGGAACGUGAACUUGACAGACAACACCAAGAGAAGGCUGACAAAAUGGCUGCUCUACUAGAGGCUGCAGCUACUGGGAAACUCUGGAGUAAGAGUGAAAGCAAACUUCAAACUGAAGUCGAAAAAAUGGGAAUUGAAGAUAUGGAACAACAAAAUGGAGGUGGAAGACUCCAAAAUCAUAUCUGCCAUGAAGCAAAUAAAAGACACUCUACAAGAAAAGAGAAAAAUUCUAAGCUAUUGAUAGAAAAUGUUGAAGAUGAAGAUUUAUUUAGCACAUCAAGACAAGUGGAUGAAAUAUUUUCUCAAGGAGUUCGAAAAYCUAACCCCAAACUGAUCAGUUCAGCAAGGAGUAGUGCUGACAGUCAUCCAUCAGGCUAUCAGUUGCUUCCAGGAAAACCCUUACAGAACACAUGGUGCAACAAACCAGUCCAAGACAAGAAAAUUUCCAGCCCUCUUCRCAAUAAUACCACCCGCAAACCACGCCCAAAACAGAGAACACUUAGUCAUGCAGAUAAAGUUCAGGAUUUAAGGUCGAAGUUGAAAGAYCAACAAGCAAAAACUAAAAAAACYAUACARAGAAGUAGAUCAGUUGAUGUUCUUGAUGUGCAAACCAUAGACUUACAUGGAGMGGAGUCAGUAAGGCAUGAAAGUGAUCAAGCUAGUGAAGUAGAUGUAUGGUCUGAAGUUGAAACUGAAAGAAGUGCUGCUUCAACUAAACUACUAUCAAGAGAACCUAAAAUUAAAUCAGACAAACCUACUACAAAACCAAUACUUCUUGCUAUGGAAGAACGAGCCAAAUUGAGAGCUGAACGAAAAGCCCUUGUAGAAGAAAAGAAAAGAAGAGUAGAAGAAGAGAAACUGGUAAGGUUGCGUGAACAGGAGAAACAACGUCGAAUUGAGGAACUCCGAACUCUUAACUCUAAGGCCACAGAACAUUACUGUAGAACCUUAUUAAUAAAGUACGGACUUUCACCAUGGAAACAGCUGGUUGCUAUGGCACAUCAGAAUAUGUCAAGUGCAGUGGAACACCAUUCCCAGGCACUUGUGAUCACGUGUUUUUAUCCAUGGCUACAAAUUWCCCGGGAAAAUAAAGCGGCAAAGAAUCAAGCUGCUGAGCUGUUAUAUCGGAAGAUACUUAUCAAACGAAGCUGGAAYUCCUGGCGAAAGUAUGGUCAACAUAUGGUAAGACUGGAAAUGGUAGCCGAAGAUUAUUGCUCGGACAUUUUGGUUAAGAAGUAUUUCCAUAAAUGGCAAGAUUACAUCACUACUGAACAGAUACUUUAUUGGGAGAAAGAACGACAAGCCGACGAGCACAAUGAUUUGCGUUUACAAAAGCUUGCACUGAAAUAUUGGAAAAAGCUAAUUCCAAUGGUAAUGGAGGAAAGGAAAAGAGAAAAAAGAAGAACAGAAAUGAGACAAAGGGUCARGGCGUGGUUACCAGACUUUCAAGCAGAAACGAAAUCUUCACCAUAGUUUCAAAAAGGAASCAUUCAAAUCAAGAUUCAUUCAUCCAUCUCGUGGGUUUUAUAUCAUAGUAUUUAUUAAACGUACACAUGAUUUUACUGCUUACACUUCUCCAAGGACUAUAAUUAGUACAAUGUACAAAGAAGAUAUCAUAUGUAAUAAAUAAAUGCCUAUCAACCAUAUUUUAAUUAUUUCUAUUUACACAACGUUUUAUCAGACUCUUGAGAAAGGAUCUCCCAGAAUGCUUUGAUUGAUCGACCCCCUUUUGUUUUUUAUCUGAA